UUUGUACAAACGAAUUUAUAUCAUAAGUUGAUUUGGCUUAAGCUCAAACUGAGCAUUAAAACUGUAUAUGUACAAUAAUAAUAAAUAGUAUAUAACAAUAAGUAGUUAAUUAAAUAUAAUAAUUAAUGAUGGAUGUACCUCCAGAAAUAGAUACCGUUUAUGAAGCGAUUUACUCCAUGCACAAAUCAUCAAACUCAACUGAACAACACAGGGCAUCAUUAUGGUUACAAGAUCUACAAAAAACCGUUUACGCUUGGAAAAUUUCCGACAGAAUUUUGCAAGAAAAAAAAGAUUUGGACUCGUGUUUUUUUGCUGCUCAAACAAUGCGUGCAAAAAUUCAAUAUGAUUUUCAUGAAUUACCGGCGGAAGCUCAUACAUCAUUACGUGAUUCAUUGAUAGGACAUAUAUCACAAAUUGAUGAGCACACGAGUCCAGCUAUUGUUUGUCAGCUAUGUCUCGCCCUAGCAGACCUCGCUCUCCAAAUGCCGACCUGGCACAAGCCCGUAAUAGAUUUAAUAAACCGCUUCGGCGGCAACACAUCAAGUCUGUGGCCUCUACUCGAACUGAUAAAAUUUCUUCCCGAAGAAACAAAUACUCUGAGUCUUGGUGCUAACAGACGUGACCAGGUAUUAGCCGACUUAUCAUCAUGCGCCGACACAGUAUCCGAGUUUUUAAAGCUUUCCCUCAAGUCAACGACCAACACCGACAAUAUCCAAAUCCACAUAAGAAUAAUAAAAUGUCUCACCAGCUGGAUCACAGUCCACGCAGUCCCUCUCGAAGCCAUACCAAGCAGCGACAUAAUUGCGUACGCAUUUCAAGUGCUCGGCAACCACACGUCGAAUGACCAAUUGCACGAAGCAGCCGCCGACUGCGUGUGCGCGAUUCUCCAGUCGCUGCAACUAAACAACAACCAUGACAUUGACAAUUACCAUCAUCACCACGAGCACCACCAGCACAACCAGCAUCAUCACAACCAACGCAACCCCGAGUCAGCGGAAAUCCAACGUCUCCAAUUGUGUUUAUUCACCAGCGUAAUCGCCCUAGAGCAGCCGUACCAUCUCCUAGUCGCUGAAGAAGAAACCGGUCAGCUGAUGAACUACUGCCGGAUUUUCACCGAAUUCGCAGAGACAUUUUUAGUGACGAUAAUAAAUGAAUGCACGUCUGAGCAGCAGCACUACGCCAUUAAAAUCCUAGACCUCGUGCUGAUGUGCGUCGGUCACCACGACUACGAAGUCGCUCAGAUAACUUUCAAUCUUUGGUACCAAUUGUCCGAGGAAUUGUACCAAAGAAAUUCCGAAGAACUGAACAAAGUUUUCAAGCCGUACAUUGAGAGAUUGAUCAGCGCACUUUGCAAGCACUGUCAGAUGGAACCAGACUACUUGGGUCUACUGGAACAGGAUCCUCUGAGUCAAGAUUUUUCUCUGUUCCGCAGUCGGGUUUCUGAGCUGAUAAAAGACGUGGUCUUUAUAAUUGGCAGCAGUCAUUGCUUCCGUCAAAUGUUUUCGCGCAUCAACGGCACGCAGCAUAGUCUGGAUGGAGUGACGAUCAUCUCCCCGACCUGGGACAGCAUCGAGGCUUCGCUCUUUAUAAUGCAGUCUGUCGCUAAAAAUAUUUUACCUGAGGAAGAUCAAGUGGUACCGGAAGUAGUUGAGGCCAUUUUAAAUGUUCACGAGAAUACUCACAUUGCCGUCAAACACACGAGUAUUUUACUACUCGGGGAAUUGUGUGAGUGGAUAAAUAGUCACGCAAGAUCAUUAGAACCGAUUUUAAAUUUUUUGUUGGUGUGUUUGAGCCAGAAUGGACUCGCGAGUGUCGCAUCCGGUGCAUUGCACAGCAUCUGUACCGCCUGUCCUGUACAUAUGGCCUCGCAUUUUCCGGGUCUGCUGGAAAUCGCGAGAUGUCUUGACGGGUAUCCGAUAAGCAACGACGCGGCCAUUGGAUUAUUGAAGGGAGUCUCGAUAAUAUUGGCGAGAUUACCCAGGGAAGAGAUUACGCGGGCGAUGAAAGAACUCUGCUGGUUCCAAGCGAGGCCACUCUGCGCGCUGAUGGAACUCACGGGGAUUCCAGUCACGCGAGCGACGAAAACAGACCCCGUCUUUUGGCUGGACAGACUCGCGGCCAUUUUCCGGCACACGAACCCUAGUGUUGAUAGCAAGGACACGUUGCCGCAUCCUUGCAGGGAUGUGGUGACGGAAAUCUGGCCGGUGUUGUCUAGGGCCUUCACUAAAUAUUCAGCUGACUCGCGGAUCAUGGAACGGUGCUGCCGGUGCGUCAGACACGCGAUCAGAUGCAUCAGGAAGCACGCGGUUCAUUUGCUGGAGGAUAUUGUUAAGUUAAUUGUUGGACUCUAUGCGACACAUCAGCACAGCUGCUUUCUGUACCUGGGUUCCAUUCUGGUGGAUGAGUAUGCGACUGAUCAUGAGUGCGCUGCGGGACUUGUGCAGAUGCUGGAGGCUUUCAUUGGACCCACGUUCACGUUACUGCAGGAACAGAAUGGGCUGAAACAUCAUCCGGAUACGGUUGAUGAUUUGUUCAGAUUGUGUUCGAGAUUCAUACAACGGGCCCCCAUUGCAUUUUUAAAUUCGACGCCGAAAGACAGCAUCGUCGUCUGCGCGCUGUCUGCUUGUAGUCUUGACCACAAGGAUGCCAAUGCUUCCGUUAUGAAAUUUUUAUACGAAUUUCUUCACUCCGCUAGAAAUAAUGACGAGCGAUCUGACUUUACAAUAAGACGGACUUUAGUACAAAAUGUCUUGAAUGAAAAAGGACAGACUUUAGUUACGAAUCUUCUCCAUGCUGCUGUAUUUUCAUUGCCAACUUACAUGCUGCAGGAUACCGUUGAUGUUAUUAUUGAAUUAACGUUAAUUGAUCAAACCUCGAUGGCAAAAUGGUUAGAAGAAGCCAUAAAAUCGAUGCCAACUCAAAAUGCAUCAGGAUCAAUUACAGCAACACCUGACCAACUCUACGAAUUUCAUCGUACAAUUUUAAAGACAACAGACUCACCGAAAACUGUGAUGAACGCAGUGCGAACAUUCGCACGAUUAUUCCGCUAAGCCAAUCGACAAAUUAAUAAUUAUGAGUAAUAAAUUUAUAAUUGAUAAUUAAAUAAAUUAAUUACCCUUUUAUUUAAAUUAUUUGCGUUUAUGUUACGCAGUAUAAUUACACAUGUAAUUUUUUUUUAAAAUAAUUACAUUUUUUACACCAACAAAUUGUUUCUACGACCUUUACAUCGAUUAUUUAUUUUUUUUUAUUGAAAAUAAAAACAUAUCUGACACCAGUAUUUUUUUAAGUGCAAUUGUCAGUCAGAUAAAAAAUAUAUUUUUAAAAAAUAAAAUUG